AUGAAGAUACUGAUGUUGAUGGCCGUUUUGAUCACGCUCAUCGUGGGAACGUGGGGCCGACUUAAGGACUAUGAUGUACGUCUUGUGCAAGGACACCUUAUUACUAGGGGCCGGGUGGAGGUGUACAUGAACGGUUCUUGGGCAACCGUCUGCGGUAACGAUUGGGAUAUGAACGAUGCAAUCGUAGUCUGCCAACAGUUGGGCUUCGGCAUGGCUGCGUCAGCCCCAGGUGGGGCGUAUUUUGGCGAGGGCAAAGGGCGGAUAUUGGACGUGGACUGUACGGGGUUAGAAAGCAACUUGUCUGGCUGCUCGGUGACGUUCAACAAUGUGUCAUCUUGCAAUCACUCCCAAGAUGCUGGCGUCGUCUGCCAGGGACCCAAACUGCCGAGUCAAUAUGACUUGCGUCUCGUUAAUGGUAGCACUGGCGUAUCGGGUAGGGUGGAGGUGUAUGUAGACGAAUCUUGGGGGACAAUCUGUGACCAUGGAUGGGACAUCCAAGACGCUACAGUGGUAUGCCAACAACUGGGAUACGGCAUGGCCUCAGCAGCUGAGUCUAACGCUCACUUUGGCCAAGGAAGCGGCGACAUUGUUUUUGAUGAUGUUGCCUGCACAGGGACGGAGACACAUCUGUACGGCUGCCCGCUAGAUAUGAAUAAAGACUGCAGCCACUCGGAGGAUGCUGGCGUUAUCUGUACUGGCAAACCUGGUAUACGAAAUUUCGAAGGCCAGAUUCGUCUCGUGAAUGGUACCGAUAACCUUCAGGGGCGCGUGGAGGUGUACGUAAACGAGACUUGGGGAACAGUCUGCGGAAGUGGCUGGGAUAUCAACGAUGCUACGGUUGUCUGUUCGCAGUUGGGCUACGGUAAGGCUGUAUCAGCAUAUGCUGGUCAAGGCAACGAAGAUGUAGCAUUAGAUGGCGUCUCAUGUGCAGGGCUAGAGAGUAGCUUACUGGAAUGUCCACGGAACUCCAACGUCAGCUGUACCCAAUCCACUACCGCUUGGGUUACCUGUGCACUCCCAGAGAAAUUUGACUUACGGUUGAGGAACGGCAGUAGUCAUAUGGAGGGCCGGGUGGAGAUGUAUUUAAACGAUGCUUGGGGAACAGUCUGCGAUGAUGGAUGGGACAUGACAGAUGCUACCGUGGCAUGUUGGCAGCUAGGUUACGGCAAGGCAACCUCAGCCCCUGGAUCGGCGUUCUUUGGCCAGGGCAGCGGGGACAUAGUUCUUGGCAAUGUUGACUGCAAGGGGACAGAAAAGCAGUUGGGUCUCUGCAAAGGCCAGGAAAGCGACGCUCCUGUCUGUCUCCACUAUAGAGAUGCUGGGGUUGUUUGCAGUCAACCAGACGAAUAUGACAUAAGACUCAUCGAUGGAAGCAACACUAUGGAAGGCCGCGUGGAAGUUUAUGUGAAUGGUAGUUGGGGAACGGUCUGUGAUAAUCAAUGGGGGAUGAAUAAUGGCGAAGUGGUGUGUCGGCAGUUAGGCUUUCAGAGUGUUACUGCAGCACCCUGGUCGGCAUAUUUCGGUCAGGGCAGCGGGGAUGUUGUUCUAGAUAAGGUUGCCUGCAAAGGUACGGAGAGUAGCUUGCAGUACUGCCCAAAACAGAGGAACACCACCUGCAAACACUGGCAAGACGCAAGUGUCGUCUGUAGUAACGAUCCUACUGAGGAAUAUGAUGUUUCUCUCAGCAAUCUGGUGCCUGAUGACAGCGUUCCACAGGGUACUGUGGAGGUGUACGUGAACGGUGUGUGGGGCACAAUCUGCGAUGAUGGGUGGGAUAUCAACGAUGCUUCGGUGAUUUGCCGGCAAUUGGGUUACGUCAAAGCAUCCUCGGCCCCUGGAUCGGCGUUUUUUGGUCAGGGCAGCGGGGAAAUUGUUCUUCACAAUGUUAACUGUACAGGCAUAGAGAACAACUUACGUGACUGCCCAUCAGAGACAACUAACAACUGCAACCACGCUGAAGAUUCUGGUGCAAAGUGUACUUCGUUAGAGCUAUAUGACGUACGUGUAGUGAAUGGUAGCAGCGCUAUGGAAGGCCGGGUGGAAGUGUACCUAGGCGGUUUUUGGGAAACAGUCUGCGAUGACCAAUGGGACAUCAACGAUGCUACGGUUGUGUGUUGGCAGCUUGGCUUCUCUAAGGCCAUCUCAGCCCCGGGAUCGGCGUAUUUUGGCCGGGGCAGCGGGAAGACACUUUGGACGAAGAUGGAUUGCUCGGGGGCGGAGGACAGAUUAGAAGACUGCAAUAAGGGACAUGAUACAAGUACCUGCACUCCCAGUGACAAUGCUGGGGUCAUCUGCGGUGAGGACAAACCAGCAGAAGAAGGAUCCGUGCGACUUGUAGAUGGGGCUACACAGUACGAAGGGCGCGUGGAGAUACAUCUCAACGGUCGAUGGGGCACAGUUUGUGAUACUGAUUCGGAUUGGAAUAACAACGCGGCUAAUGUCGUUUGCAGACAACUGGGUUAUGGAAAUGCCCUAUCCUCUGGAAAGGUUUACACCAACGUGGGAACUGGCGCCAUCUUGAUUGACAGUGUUGUAUGCUUCGGGUCUGAGUCGAGGUUGGAAUAUUGUGGGUACGACACGUCUAUGGUACGUUUCUCUUGUACACAUCAAGAUGACGUUGGAGCCAGAUGCAAAGAAACACCAGACGUACCCGGAUCCGGGCUUUCUACGCAAAACAUCAUAAUCAUUGUUGUUUCGUUGGUGUCAGUCAUGGGCCUUGCAUCACUUGCAGUUGUCAUCUAUGUGCGACGGAUGAGACGACGGUCAGCCAGACACUGUGAUCAUGCGACAUUGAUCCAAGAGGAAUACUGCCAUCAAUAG